AUGUCGACAAAUUCCAAGUCUUCACUUGACACACCUCUCAAAUCCCUUGUUCAAGAGAAAGAAGUGCGUGAUGACAACGUUGAUUCCAGAACUUCCAAUUCCUUGAACAAGAUAAUACUUACUCCCAUCACACCAUCUAAUAAUUUCCUGUCACUCCACAACAUUUGCAAUAUAAUUCAACAAUCUCCUAUUGAAUCGCAAAGAUCAACAAAUGGAUCCAUUUCAAGAAAAGAGGAUAUAAAAAAAUCGGAACCAUUAGGAAAUGCGCAUAAUUUCAACGUACAUACUUCUAUUUCGACAGCAAGUACGGAAGAUCAUAAAUUUAUUAAUGAUGAUGAUAACACUCAUCGUAAGGAAGAACGAGAAACGAAAUCAAGCUAUCCAUUAAAUUGGCAAGAAGAUACGAAAGAAGUUUAUAGCCAUACUUUUGGUUCCAUGAUUACGCACAAUGAUUCUCGUGUUAAACCAUUGGAACCAAUGGCGGCAGCAGCAACACGGUGUUCAAAUCCAUUAUGCUUACAAUGCCGAUUCGUUCAACAUAAUCUGUCACAAAUUCAAUCAACAUCCAACUAUCCGUCAACAUCCGGUAUCCCUUUUCAUUACUAUUUGGCUCUGCCAAAUCCGCAGGCAUCUUUUUAUCUUCCUUCAUCCGCGUAUAAGCCGACACAAUUACAGCCACAACUUCCGCAGGGACAUAAGCAAAAGAAUGAACAUACAAGUACUGCUGAAGAAAAAACAAUAUGUAACGAGUGUAUUACUCAAAUGAAUGUUCAGUCUCAAAAGAGGCGACGUAGAAAGGUCAAAGCGAUGGUAUACUCAGUAGAUGAAUCAACGAUCAGAUCUGGAGAGAUUUGUUGUUGUUCAAAUUGUGGUGUGAGUGAAUCCCCUGCCUGGAGAAGAGACCUUCAAGGCGAUGCUUUGCUUUGUAAUGCAUGCGGAUUAUACCUUAAGGUUAAAGGACGUCCUCGACCUUUUGAAAUUGGUACGGAUGGUGAAAUUCGAUUGGCGAGAUCCGGCAGAAUUGGUGUUGGACAAAAAUGUCAGAAUUGUGGUACAUCCGAAACUCCAUGUUGGAGAGGACCUGUAGAUGGAAAAUUAUGUAAUCGAUGUGGUCUUUUUUUUAGACAACAUGGUUAUCAUCGUCCUAGAACUACUAAAUUUACUAGAUCUAGAUCGAUUAGGUGA